CGCAGGCAGAUUACAGCUGGAUCUACAAACACACACACAUUCCCUCACUUCUUGUUUUUCUGUCACACCUUCUUUCAGCAUCAUGAGUGGAAAUAGAGAGGGGGGUUUCCUUUCUCCACCAAGGGAAUGAGAAGAGAAUAGGAAGAAGAAGAAGAGGAUAAAUAAGAAGAAAGAAGAUCUCGAACAAAGACACAAGAGGAAGGAAAGGAAGCACCAAACUUUCCUCUAUGGAUCUUCCCACCUGGCCAAGUCUGACUGAGUCAAAACACCUGACCAUGAAGCUGUGAAUCUGCUCCUCUUCGCCUUUCUUUACUGCAGAACUCUUCUUUUUCACUACCUGGCCCCAUGUCUCCAACAGCGGGACCCACCAAUCAAUGGAUGCUGCUGUGCCCCCUGCUCUGUGUGGUGGUCCUGGUUAAAGGAUCCACUCUGAGCCCUCAGGACUUGCAGAGCAUCGCUGUCACGUCGCUGCUGGAGGACUCGUCAACUGGCACGACCAUGCAGCUGCAGCCAGACCUGCAGACUGAAGCUCAGGUGCCAACAGAAGCACCUACAGAAGCAUCUACAGAAGUACCUACAGAAGUACAGACAGAAGCACGAACAGAAGCAAGGACAGGCAAACCAAUUCAGAGAACCACCACUAACUACACAGGUCUGUCAUGUACUCCUGUCCUGCCUCCUCGUCGAGGGUCCUUCUACGUUGAGAGCGGCAGCGGCGUGUCCGUCGGCAGCAUGUUGACCUUCUGGUGCAGAGAGGGAUACCAGCUGGUCGGCAGCGACAAAAUACAAUGCAUAGUCAAGAAGGGCAAAGCGCAGUGGAGCAACUACCUGCCUGUGUGUGAAGCGAUCCCUAGACCUGAGGACCGGGGUCUGAGAGUGGCCGUGUUGGCCUCAGUGGUGAGUGGGAUCGUCAUCCUCGCCAUGUCCCUGUCCUUCCUCAUCUGCUGCCUGCAGGAACGAUCCGGUCGAGAACGAGCCAAGAAGGAGGGGCGGAGCAGGCGCAGAGACAAACGCACGGCGCGGCGCAGCGAGUGUUGGCUGGAGAGAGAAGAGGGUGAAUGGGAGUCUUUCCCCCCUCCAAAGAUCUUCCACCUGUCCCAGAGGAUGAACCCCCGUCUUGCCCCGGACAGCCCGCUUUACCUGACCGCAGGACUCAGUGGAUAUGAGAACAGAGGAUACCAAAGGAGUCAGGAGAGUUUAAUGAAGGCCUCCAUGCCACUGUAUCGCUCAGAUUCUCAGCUUUACCCGCACGUUGUCCUGCAGAGGGUCCCGACUCCUACGGCGCCCUCCGCCCCCUCAGCUCCGUCAGCCCCCUUCUACAUGCACGUCCCGUCCUCCACCUCUGCUGCCUCCACGCCGGCCCACACGACCGCCCACAGCCAGCCUCACAUGAUGGGGCAGUACCCCACUCCAACAUACCCGCCAAACCCCAACACGGCGGUGCCGGCAUACCCCCACCCAGCGCCGGCGCCCAUUUACCCCAACCCUAACCCGACACCACAGCGCCCUUGGCAGUAGCUACAUCUUCCAGCUUUAAUAUAUUCCAGGUGCUGUGCUACUCCUGCAGAAGACGUUGAAGAAGAAGGGAGAUGGCGAACAAGAAGUCUUUUUUUACUCUUCCUUAUCCGCAUUUCCGCCAACAGAAAGACAUAAAAAGUAGGUGUAGAGAUGGAGAUGCAGCCAGAGUAGAAGCUCCCCUUUUUUCUGCAUGCUUGCUGAACUGUUCCUGGAUUUUUGGACACAACAAGAAGAACUGAAAACUCUAGAUCUUAAACCCGCAGGAGGAGUUCUUUGGAGCAAGUUUUGCUUUAUUUCAGCCGUCAGAAAAUUGCAAGAAAGCUUCAAGUAGCCAGUCGUCAAGGGAACGCGGGAGUUUAACUCUGAAGUGUGACGUUUGUGGAAGAACAACCUCCACUGAAGGAUCCUUCAGGACUUUAUGGCCGCCACUGUUAAGGCAGCUAACCACACAGUAAUGAUACUUUUUUAAAAAUAGUUUAAUGGUUUUAUUGUUAAUAAAAUAAUUCAUAUCGGCCUUCCUGACGACCACACAUUCUAGAAAAAUAUAUAUACAUAUAGAUAUAUUUUUGAUUUAAGACUUUAACAUACUGUUCUGAAAUCUCACAAAUCUGCAAAGUAAUGAAAGUUUCUGGUCACUUUACAGCUCUAAUUAACUUUUACAUGCAAACAGACUGAUUUUAUGGGUAUAGGACAACACUGUGAUUUAGAUGCUGUAAUUGCUGCAACCACUGAAUGCAUCCGAUCUUGUGCUGUAUGCAUGGGGUUUAAAGCAACAUGAUGGAGGCUGCGGCACCCACCACAGGUCUCUGAGCGCAACUGCACUGUCGUAAAACUGUAUUGACAAAGCCAGCUUGGUGUCAAGCCUGCAGUCUACUUUUACCCCAAGUUCUCGCCAACGUGUAAAAGCCAGUCCGUCUUUUUGCUCGGUCACUCGCUUUUUUUUUUUUUGUGUAGCUUCAUCAGUCACCGUCCUCUUUGGUCUCUCAGCUGCAGCCAUUGCAAUCAAACCAGGACGGGCUCACUGGCUUCCUUUUAGCUGAAGGCUAAUGUGAACUCAAGCCGUAAAGCUGUACGCACUUUCCAUGAGAGACCCGCGGCCCGCUGCCAAAGUUACAUAGUGCUGAAAAUGGGCCACUCUGUGGACAUGAGAUAGACGCCAUUCUCCCUGUUGAAAGUUAUUGUAGCCGACUAUUAGAUCAACUUUAACAUUACUACUGUGAGUGAAAAGUGACAUAUUGUUGCUUUAAAUUGAAUUCUUCACCCGAACCAAGAACUAAAUUAACUUUUUUUUUGUUUGUGCCUGUGUCUGUGUUAUUCUCUUUAAUGCUUUAACUGGUUUUGUCACAUAAAUAUUCUUGCUUUUGUUUUUGGUUCGGAGGUUGACUGUUUAAGAUGUAACAACUAUGAGUAUAAAAGGCUAAAACAUUGAGUUGGAAAUCCAACUCCGGAUAAUACUUGGAAAAAAGUACCGCCAAUUGAUGCAAUUAGAGUGAUAUUGAGCCUUGAAAGGGUUUCGAUACAGAGAAUAAUGCAAAUUUACUCAGUUUUAGAAAGACCUCAUGUGUGGUGUUACCAAGGUUGUAAAGGUGUCAGGUUUUAAUAGAUGUAAGAGAGUCUGUGAGGCUGCUGCGUCGUCCUCGAUGCAUUACAACCUGCAGAGAAAUGCACUGGUAUGUAAGAUGUAGAAGCUAAUGAAUCGUGUAUUCACUUGAAUUCUCUAAAUGUCCGCUUAUUUACAGUAAAUAAGGAUUUUGCUCCUAAAUUCAUUGUUUUCUAAUGAAGAAUUGACCUUAAACCUUUAUGUUAUUCUCCCUCUAUGUACAUGCAUCAUAAACUGUGUCCAAGAGCUCCUCCCCUGUUUGAGCUUUAGCUCACACUAGCUGUGUGAACGUUUCUUUAUUUUGAAUAGAAGGACUCGAGUAGACACACUAACAAACUGCACUUUACAUUUUUUGAAGGGGGGGGGGGGGGGGCGUGAAAUGGCUUGGA